AUGCCUCGGGACCCGGGGGUCGCGGUGCAGGUGUGGGUGGACGGCCAGCUCUUCCAGGCCGAUCGGGCCCUGUUGGUGGAGCACUGCGAUUUCUUCCGCGGUCUGUUCCGCUCGGGCAUGCGGGAGGCGCGCGCCGCCGAGGUGCACCUGGGCGCGCUGAGCGCGGGCGGCUUCGGCACGGCGCUGCGGGUGCUGCGCGGGGAGCGGCCGGCGCUGGCGGCCGACGACGAGCUGCUGCAGGCCGUGGAGUGCGCCGCCUUCCUGCAGGCCCCGGCGCUGGCGCGUUUCCUGGAGCACAGCGUCACGUCGGACAACUGCGUGCUGCUGUGCGAGGCGGCCGCCGCCUUCGGCCUGCGCGACGUGUUCCACGGGGCUGCGCUGUGCAUCCGCGACGGCGCGCACGAGCUGCAGGCCCAGCUGGCUCUGCCCGAGGCCCGCGACUACGUGGCCACCCUGAGACCCAGCUGUUACGUGGCCCUGACCACGCACACGCCCGCGCCGGGCUUCCUGGAAGACGCCUCCCGCACCAUGUGCUACCUGGACGAGGAAGGGGACGCGUGGCGCACGCUGGCCGCGCUGCCCCUGGAGGCCAGCACCAUGCUGGCGGGCGUGGCCACGCUGGGCAACAAGCUGUACAUCGUGGGCGGCGUGCGGGGCGCCAGCAAGGAGGUGGUGGAGCUGGGUUUCUGCUACGAUCCGGAGGGCCACACGUGGCGCCGGUUCCCCAGCCCGCACCAGCCGCGCUACGACCUGUCGCUGGCGGGUUUCGACGGCCGCCUGUACGCCAUCGGCGGCGAGUUCAACCGCACCCCGGUGAGCUCCGUGGAACGCUACGAUCCGAUCGCCGGCGGCUGGAGUUUCGUAGCCGAUCUCCCCCAACCCGCCACCGCCGUGCCCUGCGCGCAGGCCCGCGGCCGCCUCUUCGUGUGUCUCUGGCGACCCGCCGACACCACGGCCGUGCUGGAAUACGCCGCGCGCGCCGACGCCUGGCUGCCCGUGGCCGAGAUGCGGCGUCCGCAGAGCUACGGCCACUGCAUGGUGGCGCACCGCGACUCGCUCUACGUGGUGCGCAAUGGUCCCUCCGACGACUUCCUGCACUGCGCCAUCGACUGCCUCAACCUGGCCACCGGCCAGUGGACGGCGCUGCCCGGCCAGUUCGUCAACAGCAAGGGCGCGCUGUUCACCGCCGUGGUGCGCGGCGACACGGUCUACACCGUCAACCGCGUGUCCACGCUGCUCUACGCCAUCGAGGGCGGCAUGUGGCGGCUGCAGCGGGAGAAGAUCGGCUUUCCCCGGCCUGGAUCCCUGCAGACUUUCCUCCUGCGGCUGCCCCCCGGCGCUCCGGGACCUGUGGCCACCCCUUUGCCAGAACUGUGA